GUGCUAAACUACAGCAGGAGAUCUGAGUCCAAAGAAAGGCAGGCUUGGGGGGGAACACGCAGUGGUGACUUCUGGAUGAAAGCUGAGACAUUUUAAAAGUGGGUCCUUAGGGGGAUCGUUCAGUUAAAUUAAAGGGAGGAGAGGUCGUGGUGCCUAGGUGGGAGAGUUCUUUUAGAACUGGCUACAAUGUAGCACCAUGCACUGCACGCACAAGAGGAAGCUGGGCAGAUCCAGCCCCAUGCGGGAGUUGGCUGGUGGAACGCUGGAGCUCAGGCGCUACAAGUCUAUCGAUAACAAGGAGGCAUCGGCUGAUGGUGGCCAUGGUUAUCCGAUCUCCCCUCGCCCAGAAGCGGCGGUGUCAGUGCCAGCCAGCCCGGCUAGAACCUGCAGCAGGGGCAGGGGGUCUUCCCUCACUGGAUACGACACAGAUCCCAACAGCCUGAGUUGUAAUAAUCUCUCCGGUGGAACAAGUUACUACAGCUGUGUCAGCCAGAUUACUAUAGGUUUUGAGGUUAAUGGGCCAGUUGCGAUUGGAAUAUCACAUUGGAAGCCGCCCUGUGUCCAUAAUGAGACAUACCUCCCAUUUGACCAAACCCAGCACAAUCCCAGCAUUCCCGCACCUCUGUUAUCAUGUUCGUUUAUGACACAGAUGGAUUUAUCAGCAUCUUUAUCUUGUCCAACAUCCCUUUCAAUAAUUCCAGCACUUACACCCAGCAGCAGCGAGGAAACGAUAAGUCAGGACUCAGAACUUAAUCAGGGAAUAAGCAUAUCCAUUCAUGGGUCUAACAACCAGCUACAAAUUCAUCAGAGGAAAAGCGUGGCAAACCAUUCUUUUGCUAACGAUCAGCUUGUAGUCCGACGCUCCUCGCUUCCUCCGCUCCGAAGGGGAAUAAGAAUGGAGUCAUCCUCUGCUGGGAAAUGUGCCCUGUCCAAUGGGAAAACUGAAAUUCACUACCCAGGAAUUAAGGAUAUAAAUAUAUUUUUUGAUGACUUAGAGGCAGCAAACAGUCCUUCCAAAGAUGAUGACUCUUUGCUGCAUGGUGGUAAUUUGACGAGCAUGUCCGAUGAAGGGAGCAGGCUGGAUGCUGAAGGAGAGGUUUUGAGUGCACCAGAUAAAGCCAAAACAAAUGGGUUGUUUUUUAAUGAUGGAAAGUGUCGUAUUGACUAUAUUCUGGUAUAUCGGAAAUCCAGCCCGCAGUUUGAAAAAAGAGAGGUUUUUGAAAGGAAUAUUCGAGCGGACGGACUGCACAUGGAGAAAGAGUCGUCAAUCACAAACAGUGAUAUCAUAUUUGUGAAGUUGCAUGCUCCUUGGGAUGUCCUCGGAAAAUAUGCUGAGCAGAUGAAUGUGAGAAUGCCUUUCAGGAGAAAAAUCUAUUACCUGCACCGACGGUACAAGUUCAUGAGCAGGAUGGAGAAGCAACUGAGCAGGUUUCGUGGAUGGUUGCCCAAAAAGCCCAUGCGAUUGGACAAGGAGACCAUUCCGGACCUCGAGGAGAAUGAUUGCUACACCGCACCCUUCAGCCAGCAGCGGAUUCACCAUUUCAUCAUAAACAAUAAGGACACAUUUUUCAACAAUGCCACAAGAAGUAGGAUCGUUCAUCAUAUUUUACAAAGAGUCAAAUAUGAAGAAGGAAAAAAUAAAAUAGGACUGAACCGUUUGCUUACUAACUGCACCUAUGAAGCUGCAUUCCCUUUACAUGAGGGAAGUUACAGAAGCAAAAAUUCAAUAAAGACGCACGGAGCCGAGAACCACAGACAUCUUCUGUUCGAAUACUGGGCUUCUUGGAGGGUGUGGUAUAAGUACCAGCCGCUUGAUCUUGUACGGAGGUAUUUUGGAGAGAAGAUCGGGCUAUAUUUUGCCUGGUUGGGUUGGUACACCGGAAUGCUGUUCCCAGCUGCGAUUAUUGGGCUAUUUGUCUUUCUCUAUGGAAUGUUUACUCUGGACAACUGCCAAGUCAGUAGAGAAAUCUGCCAAGCCACAAAUGUCACUAUGUGUCCGCUGUGCGAUAAGUACUGUCCCUUCAUGACGUUAUCAGACAGCUGCGUUUAUGCCAAGGUAACCCAUCUGUUUGAUAAUGGAGCAACUGUCUUCUUUGCUGUUUUCAUGGCAGUGUGGGCUACAGUUUUUCUUGAGUUCUGGAAAAGAAGACGGGCUGUGAUUGCAUACGACUGGGAUUUAAUAGACUGGGAAGAAGAAGAGGAAGAAAUACGUCCUCAGUUUGAAGCCAAAUAUUCAAAAAAAGAGAGAAUAAAUCCAGUAUCAGGGAAGCCAGAGCCUUAUCAAGCCUUUACAGAUAAAUGCAGUAGACUUAUAGUCUCUGCUUCUGGAAUAUUUUUUAUGAUUUGUAUCGUAAUUGCUGCUGUUUUUGGCAUUGUUAUUUACCGUGUUGUGACUGUCAGUACAUUUGCUGCCUUUAAAUGGGCACUAAUCAGGAAUAACUCUCAGGUCGCCACCACAGGAACUGCUGUGUGCAUCAACUUUUGCAUUAUAAUGCUUCUAAACGUGCUGUAUGAGAAAGUUGCACUCAUCCUCACCAAUCUCGAACAGCCACGUACAGAGUCAGAGUGGGAGAACAGCUUCACUUUGAAAAUGUUCCUUUUUCAGUUUGUCAAUCUGAACAGUUCGACCUUUUACAUAGCAUUCUUCCUGGGAAGGUUUACUGGGAGACCGGGUGCUUAUUUAAGACUUAUAAACAGAUGGCGACUGGAAGAGUGUCACCCCAGUGGAUGCCUUAUUGACCUAUGUAUGCAAAUGGGAAUUAUAAUGGUUCUGAAACAGACCUGGAAUAAUUUCAUGGAGCUUGGUUAUCCAUUGAUUCAGAAUUGGUGGACACGGAGAAGAUUAAGACAAGAAUAUGGACCUCAAGUCAAAGCUAACUUUCCACAGUGGGAAAAAGAUUAUAAUUUACAGCCUAUCAAUCCAUAUGGCCUUUUUGAAGAAUACCUUGAGAUGAUUCUUCAAUUUGGCUUCACUACAAUAUUUGUAGCUGCAUUUCCUUUGGCACCACUCCUUGCCUUACUCAAUAAUAUCAUUGAAAUCCGCAUUGAUGCGUACAAAUUCAUCACUCAGUGGAGACGGCCAUUAGCUUCACGAGCCAAGGAUAUAGGUAUCUGGUACGGAAUUCUAGAAGGAAUUGGAAUCCUGUCGGUUAUUACAAAUGCGUUUGUCAUUGCUGUGACCUCAGACUUCAUUCCACGCCUGGUUUACGCUUAUAAAUACGGACCAUGUGCAGGUCAAGGACAAGCAGGAGAAAAAUGCAUGGUUGGCUAUGUAAAUGCUAGCUUGUCUGUCUUCUUGGUCACCGAUUUCGAAAACCGUUCGGAUUCUACAUUAUCUGGAUUAUCUGGGCCAAAAUAUUGCAGGUACCGGGACUAUAGAGACCCUCCCCAUGCUCCUGAGCCAUAUGCUUACACACUGCAAUUUUGGCAUGUUCUUGCGGCUCGCUUGGCUUUCAUCAUUGUAUUUGAGCACCUUGUUUUCUGCAUAAAGAACCUGAUCUCUUAUUUAAUACCCGACCUUCCAAAGGACCUAAGAGAUCGGAUGCGGAGAGAAAAAUACUUAAUACAGGAAAUGAUGUAUGAAGCAGAAUUGGAGAGAGUGCAAAAAGAAAAGAAAGAAAGAAAAAAGAAUGAAAAAUAUCAAAAUAAUGAGUGGCCCUAAAUGUGAAAAAAGAGACAGAUGGCUCCUACAGUACCAUUGCACUAUUUUACACACACUAUUGCAUGGAAACAAGACAGCAACACAGCAUCAAGCUCACAGCAACUGAUCUACUGUGAAAUCAUUUUUGCAAAGGAGAUUGCAAUAUUGUUACUCUCGAAGCAUGUGACUACUGGAAGACCUCCUCUAGUUUAUAUACUCUUAGACAAAAGGAUAGAGCUGGACAUCUUUUCCACCUUUUUGUACUUUUUGGCAUUUUGCUUCAAUAUCUGUUUUACAGAAGCGUGGAUUUUCUUGUCAUACAUCGAUUCAUAGAAUAUGUACAUCUUACGUUCGAACACGAAAAUUUGAAACUACAGAUCUGUUUACAUUGAAACAAAAUUUUGUACUUCAGAUAUUUCUGAGGAAAGUUUCUAUUAUAUUGUACAUCCUAUAUAAAUGUAAAUAUAUAAAUGUAUAUAAAUCAAGGAGCUUAAUAAUUAUUUGUACAUAGCCAAACCCUUAAACAAAGAAUGUUGAAUUUUCAGACUUUAAAUAAAAUAUUCUUUGGCAUAAAGCCGUAUUUUAUGCUUGCAUAAUGUGAUGCAAUAAAUUUAAUUAUGCACCUGAAUAUUUUGGCUGUAAUUCAUGAUGCUUUAAGGCUAAUUCGCUGUGUUUUGAUUGUGACACUAAUAAACAGUUCCACGCUUGUGACUGGGUGUUACAGCUCUCACUUCGAUAUAUUGACAGCACAGAUAGACAUCUCCAAUACAUUAUCUAGCCACUACCCAGUUACCACAGCAAUUGUUUCAUUAACCCACU